AAUAUGAUGUAAAUAAGAAUAAUGUAAAAUACAAUAGGAGUUGAAUGACUUGAAAGAAAACUCGCAGUCGAAUCACCUUUUACAGUGAUUUGAGCGUCUACUGAUAGAUGGAAAGUUUUACUACAAUUUUUGCCAAAAUUAACACUAAAAAGAGUGUGUGAUACACGCUGGGAAUCAAGAAUUGAUGCAAUAAGGCCAAUACGGCAUCAAUUUGGAGAAAUGUAUGAUGCUUUGCUUCACAUUAAAGAAGAUUUGAAUUUAACUGGUUCACAUAGUCUGCAGACAAAAUCUGAUGCAUGUGCUCUCUUAAAAAAUAUCUGUGACUUUAAAUUUAUAUCCUCUGUCAUUGUUUGGUACGAUAUAUUGAGUGCUGUUAACCCAAUAAGUAAACAAUUGCAAUCUAUACAUUAUAAUAUACAAAUGGCCCUUAAAAGUAUAUCAAGUAUUGUAGAAUUUUUAAAAGAAUACCGUCAAAAUGGGUUUUCCAAAGUUAAAAUAGCUGCAAAAGAAAUUGCUCUAUUAAUAGAAAUACCAGGACAAUUUCCCGAAGAAUAUCAAGUACGUAAACGACAAAAAAAAACACAUUUAAGCUAUGAAAACAGAGAUGAAACGCCUCUUCAUAAUCCAGAAAAGAAAUUUGAAGUAGAGUUUUUCCACACAAUAAUAGACACAGCCAUUAAUUCUUUACAAGAAAGAUUUGAUCUGUUAAACCACCAUUGUUUAAAUUUUGGAUUCUUAUWCAAUAUUAACUUAUUAAAAAACUGGGAGCACGAAACAUUAUUAAAUCAUUGCAAAGAUUUGGCUAUUUUAUUAUCAGCAAAUGAAACAUCUGACAUCGACGCAAUAGAACUAUUUGAAGAACUAAAAUUAUUUUGUCAACUUACCGAACCAAAUAGUUCUCCCAACAAAAAUCUUGAGCUUAUUUAUAAUAAAAAAUUACAAGAAAUUUAYCCUAAUAUUACGAUUAGUUUGAGAAUCGUCCUAACGAUUCCGGUCACUGUAGCGUCAGCUGAGAGGAGUUUUUCUAAGUCGAAACUUAUUAAAAACCACCUCAGAUCAACCAUGAGUAAUGAAAGGUUAACCGGGUUAGCAUUGUUAUCCAUUGAGUCCGACUUGGCGCAAGAAUUGGAUUUAGAAGACAUCGUYCAAGACUUUKCUUCAAAAAAAGCAAGGAAAGUUAAUUUUUAG